UAUCACUGUGUGAGCGUGUAUGAGAGAGGGAGGAAUGGGGAGAACACCAUGUUGUGAUAAGAAUGGUCUGAAGAAAGGACCAUGGACACCUGAAGAAGAUGAAAAGCUCAUUGAAUUUAUCAAGAAAAAUGGUCAUGGUAGCUGGCGUUCUCUUCCAAAACUUGCAGGUCUUCUUCGCUGUGGGAAAAGUUGUCGUCUUAGAUGGACAAAUUAUCUGAGGCCAGACAUCAAACGAGGUCCUUUUAGCCUCGAUGAACAGAAACUUGUCAUUCAGUUACAUGGCAUUCUUGGAAACAGAUGGGCUGCAAUUGCUUCACAACUACCUGGAAGGACAGACAAUGAGAUAAAGAAUCUGUGGAAUACUCACCUGAAAAAGCACCUGCUUUCAAUGGGCAUUGAUCCUGACACUCAUGAACCAUCCUCUGCCUCUAAUGGACUGCUGAGAAGACCGCCUACAUCAACUUCAGCUCGUCACAUGGCACAAUGGGAAAGUGCUAGACUCGAAGCUGAGGCUCGUCUUUCCAGAGAGUCCCAACUCUUGGUUCCAUCGUCUAUAGAUAGGUCUGAUACUACUGACCAUUUUCUGCGCAUGUGGAACUCAGAGAUAGGAGAGACAUUUAGGAAAUUUAAGAACCGAGAAAAGACUGAUUCUCAAAGUCCAGCUUCUCAAGCAUCUUCGUGUACAAAAUACGGAUCAGCUUCAGGUAUUACGACUGAGGUUGAGCUCGGUGGUGUUGCUGGUUCCCCAGUUACAGGGAGCAACCAAAAUGAAUAUGCAGGGUGGAAGAAUGACCAACCACAUACUGAAGAUAUCUUGCAAGGUUCAGAAACCUCGAGCUGCAACGCGUUGGAGGAUUCAUCUGAAUCAGCAUUGCAACUUCUUUUGGAUUUCCCUACUAACAAUGACUUGAGCUUUCUAGGACACAGUGAUUCAUGUAGCAUGUAUCCUUUUUCGAGUGAAAGCUCAUUGAUCUGUCCUAAAGCAGAACAUGCAGUCUGCUUCCUCUGAUAUCAGUGACUCGGAAAUAUGGAUUCUGAAGAAUUUUCUGCUGGUUGUUUUAGUAUCUCCAGCUGUGGAAAAAC